CGAUUAAAACAAGACAAUGGAUUGGGGAGCUCUGCAUACCAUUUUAGGAGGUGUAAAUAAGCACUCCACCAGCAUUGGGAAGAUAUGGCUCACAGUCCUGUUCAUCUUCCGUAUCAUGAUCCUGGUUGUGGCUGCAGAGAGAGUCUGGGGAGAUGAACAAGAUGACUUUAUCUGCAACACUCUGCAACCUGGUUGCAAGAAUGUUUGCUAUGAUCACUUUUUCCCCAUCUCUCACAUCAGACUCUGGGCCCUGCAGCUGAUCUUUGUUUCCACACCUGCGCUGCUGGUGGCCAUGCAUGUAGCUUACAGGAGGCAUGAGAAGAAAAGGCAAUUCAGAAAGGGAGACCAGAAAUGCGAAUACAAGGACAUUGAAGAAAUCAGAAAACAGAGGUUUCGUAUUGAGGGCUCCUUGUGGUGGACGUACACUAGCAGCAUCUUCUUCAGACUGGUUUUUGAAGCAGUCUUCAUGUAUGCAUUUUAUUUCAUGUAUGAUGGGUUCCGAAUGCCUCGCUUAAUGAAGUGUAAUGCUUGGCCCUGCCCCAACACAGUAGACUGCUUUGUUUCUCGACCUACUGAAAAGACGGUGUUUACUAUUUUCAUGAUUGCUGUGUCCAGCAUUUGCAUUCUUUUAAAUGUGGCCGAGUUAUGUUACUUACUGACGAAAUUUUUCCUCAGAAGGUCUAAAAAAGCUGGAAAUCCAAAACAUCAUCCCAACCAUGAGAAUAAGGAAGAAACCAAACAAAAUGAAAUGAAUGAGUUAAUAUCUGAUAGCUGUCAGAACACAGUUAUAGGAUUUUCAGGUAGCUAAGGUGGUGUCAAUGCUGGUGUUCACUCUUUUUGGAGUGAAUAUUCUUUGUUUAAAGGCUGCAAAUGAAACAAUUCAAGUUGGGAGAGACUUUGAUAUGUAGUGUCAGGUGUCAAUUAUGUAUAUGUCUGAAAAAAAUCAGGGCAGCCUAAACGUGAAAAUUGUGUGAGGAUUAAAUAGGAAAGUGUAUCUUCCUAUGAAGUACCCUUACAAGCCGACUAUGACAAGUGGGAAACCCACUCAUAUCUUCAUGCUGACACAGCUCCUGAAAACUACAUGCAACAGCAAUAAGAACAAAAUUAUUUCCAAGCUAGAUAUUCUAGUAUUACAA